GGGGCCCGCGGGGCGGUGGCCGCGUUGCCGGUCGGUCCGGUCUGGGGCUCCGCCCGGACUUUCGGAGCUCGGGGGCGACGCGCUGCGGUCGCCAACCCGGUCGCCGGCCGAACCGAGCGAGGCGGCAGCGCAAGCCGGUCCCGCCAUGGCGGCGAAUUAUUCCAGCACGGGUCCCAGGAGAGAGCACGUCAGAAUUACAGCCAGCCCCGAGCCAGGCUUCCUGGAGCGGCUGAGCGAGACCUCGGGCGGGAUGUUUGUGGGGCUCAUGACCUUCCUGCUCUCCUUCUACAUCAUUUUCACCAAUGAGGGCCGCGCGCUGAAGACGGCGACCUCGUUGGCCGAAGGGCUGUCACUCGUGGUGUCCCCCGACAGCAUCCACAGCGUGGCUCCGGAGAACGAGGGGAGGCUGGUGCACAUUGUCGGCGCCCUGCGGACGUCCAAGCUCUUGUCGGACCCCAACUACGGGGUCCACCUUCCGGCCGUGAAGCUGCGGCGGCUCGUGGAGAUGUACCAGUGGGUGGAGACGGAGGAGCACAGGGAGUACACGGAGGACGGGCAGGUGAAGAAGGAGACGAGGUUUUCCUACAACACGGAAUGGAGGUCGGACAUCGUCAACAGCAACAACUUCGACCGAGAGAUCGGCCACAAAAACCCCAGCGCCAUGGCAGUGGAGUCCUUCACGGCAACGGCCCCCUUUGUCCAAAUCGGCAGGUUUUUCCUCUCGCCCGGCCUCAUCGACAAGGUCGACAACUUCAAGCCCCUGAGCCUGUCCAGGCUGGAGGACCCACACGUGGACAUCGUCCGCCGGGGGGACUUUUUCUACCACUCGGAAAACCCCAAGUACCCCGAGGUGGGAGAUCUGCGCGUGGCCUUUUCCUACGCCGGACUCAGCAGCGACGACCCCGACCUGGGCCCGGCCCACGUGGUCACCGUGAUUGCCCGGCAGCGGGGUGACCAGCUGGUCCCAUAUUCCACCAAGUCGGGGGACACCUUGCUGCUCCUGCACCACGGGGACUUCUCGGCGGAGGAGGUGUUCCACAGGGAGCUGAAGAGCAACUCCGUGAAGACCUGGGGCCUGCGGGCGGCCGGCUGGAUGGCCAUGUUCAUGGGGCUGAACCUCAUGACGCGCAUCCUCUACACGCUGGUGGACUGGUUUCCUGUCUUCCGAGACCUGGUCAACAUCGGCCUGAAGGCCUUUGCCUUCUGCGUGGCCACCUCGCUGACCCUGCUGACCGUGGCCGCCGGCUGGCUCUUCUACCGGCCCCCGUGGGCCAUCGUCAUCGCCUGCCUGGCCCUGGUGCCCAUCGUCCUCGCCCGGACGCGGGUGCCAGCCAAGAAGCUGCAGUGAGACGGGCCCGGCUCCGCGCCCGGCAGGACCCAGGCCGCCCCGCGCCUCUGCCCGAGCGCCACGCCGGGGCGGGAGCCCAGGGCAGUCGGGGACCCUGUGGAUGUGGCCCGUCCUCCGCGGGGGCUGGACGUGGCAGCGUCAGGCUGGGUGUGCGUCCGUCACGCCUUCCCCGCCCCUUUUCCUGCCCGUGGGCAGAGCCCCUGCCUGUCCUUCCUUUCUCCUGGGGCCGGGUGGCUGGGGCCGGGGUCGCGCGGUUCACUUCUCUCAGCCCCGCAGGGACUUGCCGAGAAAGGCUCGGCCUCGUGGCCCGCCGCUUGUCACCGCUGAGGACGAGUGCCAGGACCCGGCCACAGGCGCCAGCUGCGUCCCCCAUCCUGAGCGACAGCCUCGGGCCCUCACUGCUAAGCAGCAUGUCCCCUGCACGGCCAGGCACGCGGGCACCCAGGCGUGUGGCUCGAGCUCGGCUUGGCACUUGACAAGCAAAAACAAACAACGUCACGCACGGGCAAAUCUGGACAUUCGGGGGCUUCACGCUCCUGUGUCCGCUUGGCAGCUCUGUAGCUCGUGGGGUCUCCGAGGCCCCGUUAGGUCUUUCCCCUUCGUUCCUUUGCUGCUUCGCGGGUGGGCUUCCCAGAAGGGAGGGAGUUACCGGAAUAAGGUUUAAAAACUACAACAGAGCCGACCCGAGCGAUUGCCGUGGCAGACUGGUCACCUGCUAGUCGGAGCUAAGCCAGAGCACGGAAAGCCGUCCCACUGCGGUGCGGCCUCAGCGACAGAACGUGGCCUCGGUCAGUAUCCUGGGUCACCGAGAAGCCACCAAAAGGCUGCCUGUGACACGAGCGUCAGCGGAGGGACUUGUUGGCACCCUGGGAGGAGCCGGGGAAUCUCCGCCGGGUGAGAGAAGCAUUUCCUGUCACCCUCCGGCUUCCGAAAGUAGCUGCCGAUGGUUUUGAGGUUUUCGUCGACCGUGAAGAGGUUGGACGCUUAGACUGAAGCUUGGCGCCUUCAGCGUGAACCAAAAUCGAGAAUCUGGGGCCCGAGCCUGGCCAGAGAACAGCCACGUGUCGCCUCGCUCCCCGACCUUGGACAACCACGAUGACUAAAAGGAUUCUUUGCGUAUCCGUUAAUCUCGUGGCUACGUGGAAACUGUUUUGUGCUUGCUGGGAGCGGCGGCUUUGGCGACUCUUCGGUGGCCGGAACACUGAGAGGUCAGAACUCCCGACACCACCAUCGGCGAUGGUCUCCCCUGUCCUGGACUCGCCGUGCGGCAAAUCGAGAUUCUUCCCGUUGGAAACAGCCUCCCGGCGGCGAUUUGUCUGGGCUCUCGGAUUGCAAAGGGUCCUCACUGCUGCUCGUGAAAUGAGCAAUUCCGUCCGCUCUCCAGGUUCCUACAGAACGCUUUCCGGAAAACACACACAGCCUGACCAGAUGACGGCUAAAUACAAAACUCCCGGGAUUUGGUCUGUGUUAUUUUUUUUUCCUCAUACGCAUUUUAAAUUACUGCCAACUUCCAAAGUGUUCUUAAAGGGCAAAAUAGCGUUAAGUAAAAUUUGAAGGCUUUGGGAAAAUUUGUAUCGUCUUUGUAUUUUUGAUAAAAAUUUGAAAUAAAUUUCUAAAUGUCUUCCGGUA